UGACCACGAAACCUCUGGGAUGACUUGCAUUGACUUUCCCACUUUUAAAUACACUGGGUCAGGAUUAGUGUUUCUCAAAGAGAUCAGCUACUGCUAAGAUUCUAUUUUCUUGAGCUUUCCUUCUUUUACAAAUUUAACCAAGAUCUUUUGAGAACAAAAGUACUAGAUCAGUUAGACCAGGCGAUGUACACUAUCUACUCUUUUGCCAUGUUCUUUAGAAUCUAACCAUAUAUGACUUCUUUGUCUGUGUCCCAUUUUUCUUUUUCUGUCAUUUCCUUUUCUUUGGCUUGGUAAUUAGGAUGCUAAUAGUCAAGAGUGAUUAAAGAAGGAAGAAUAGUACCAGGAACUUUUCUUUGUUUGAUACAUAUAUCUACUUCCAACAAUCCCUAAUUUCAUGUUAAUAAUAUUUCUGAUUUUUCCUUCUCUUAUAGUGAGUUUUCUUUCCCAUAACAUCUGCGCAAGGAGCAAAGGGAGCAACUUCAGAAUCGACUAGCAGCACAACUUCAUUAACUUUUCAUACUUGGAACCAGCAUGGCAACAUUCUCAAAGACACUAGAAGCAGAGGACUUAAAGAAAGUUGAUAAAGCUGGACAAGCUUGGAAAUUUCCAUGCUUCAUUGAGCAAAGUGGUUCUCUUGAAUUUGUUGGCCGUAAAGAUGCCAGAGCAAACCCAUCUGCUAUUUCUGUUCGUUGGCGUGCAUUUAUUCACCAGAAAGAUGCUAGAGUUGGUGAUACGGUUUUCCUUCACCAGGUAUCCAUGGAUGACAACCGUAUGGAGAUGCAGUUGAGAAUUGAAGUGAAGAAAAAAAUAAAAUUGUUUGGUGUGGAUCUGUGGGCUGUGGUUUAGUGUGACUGAGCAAGCAAAUGCUACAUAUAAAAGAAACAUAGACAAGGUGCUAUCAGUAUAUACUGUUUUUUCUUUCGUCCUAAUCCAAAUGCAUGUAAAUUUUUCCUAUCCAUGUUAUUUAUGUUAACAGUUUUAAUUUGAUACCUAGCUAAAAAUUAUUUCAUCAAAAGGGUUCUUUCUCUUACA